CUCACACUCAGUUUCACUUCCCGCCACUGCUGCCGGCAGCAAGAACCAGCCAGACUGCACCCUGAAUCGCUGCUGCCUGCUACUCGGCUCGGCAGCAGGUACCCAGCAUGGGCUCGCAGGCCCUAGCCCCGGGGCCCGUGCAGACCCUCAUCUUCUUGGACCUGGAGGCCACUGGCCUGCCUUCCUCCCAGCCCAAGGUCACGGAGCUGUGCCUGCUGGCUGUCCACAGAUGUGCCCUGGAGAGCUCCCCCAAUGUUCAGGGGCAGCCUCCCACAGUGCCCCCGCCGCCCCGGGUGGCAGACAAGCUCUCUCUGUGCGUGGCUCCAGGGAAGGCCUGCAGCCCAGAAGCCAGUAAGAUCACAGGCCUGAGCACAGCUGUACUGGCAGCUCAUGGGCGUCAGCGCUUCGAUGCCAACCUGGCCAGCCUGCUCCGAGCCUUCCUGCAGCGCCAGCCACAGCCCUGGUGCCUCGUGGCACACAAUGGUGACCGCUACGACUUCCCCUUGCUCCAGGCGGAGCUGGCUGUCCUAGGCCUUGCCAGUGUUCUAGACGGUGCCUUCUGUGUGGAUAGCAUUGCCGCCCUGAAGGCCCUGGAGCACGCUGGCAGCCCCUCGGAGCAUGGCCCACGGAAAAGCUACAGCCUGGGCAGCAUCUACACACGCCUGUACGGGCAGGCCCCACCGGACUCCCACAUGGCCGAGAGUGAUGUCCUCACCCUGCUCAGCAUCUGUCAGUGGAGGCCGCGGGCCCUGCUCCAGUGGGUGGAUGCUCAUGCCAGGCCUUUCAGCACUGUCAAGCCCAUGUACGGGGUCACAGCCUCUGCUGGAACCAACCCAAGACCAUCUGCCACCACAGCCACUAAAGCCCUGGCUAGAGCCAGGGACACUAGUCCCAACCUGGGCAGGGGCAGGAAGCCCAAGGCUGUUCCUCCAAUGGAGGGCCCUGGAGCCUCACCCAAGGCAGGACUGCUAGCCCCACUGGGUCUUCUGGCCUUCCUGACCUUGGCACUAGCCACACUGUAUGGGCUCUCCCUGGCCACACCUGGACAGUAGGCCAAGAAGGAAAGUCUGACUAAUAAAGACCCCCCCCC